ACACUUACUUGUACAGAGUAUAUACCCCCACCCCAACCCACCUUUUACAAUGGAUAUUGCUUCGCUACUAUACAACAACAGCAAUUCUAAUUGUCGGUUCGAGGAUGACGAUGCAUCCGCCAUUCCCCAAUGGAUAAACCCGUUGCCACCUCUACAGAAAAUGGCAACCAACGGCACAUCAUCAUUGCCCAUCGAGCUCAGACCAAGCCGAAGCUACGAAACCAGAGCCACAACACCUGAGUUGCUAAUACCACCACCACCGAUAGCCUUGCUGGACGACAAGCUUCUCAAACGACGGAGCGAAACGAUGCCACCCACAUACUACAGUGGUGGUAAGAGUGCUGCUGCUGCGGUUGACAACGAACGACAUCAGGACCGGAGACAGCGCAACAAAAUGGCCUCUGCAAAAUACCGUGCCAAGAGAAACCAAGAAACAGCCAACAUGCGGCGGACCGUAGAGAUGCUAAAGCGUCAGAACAACAUGCUCCAGCAGCAGCUGAACGAAGCGUACAGCGACAGGAGCAGGAUGAGUGCUCAGCUGGACCGGCUUCAAUACAUUGUCACCCGCGGAAUGAUCGGUGACGACAGCAGCGAUGGUAGUGGUGGUGGUGAUAUGGAGCCAUCUUCUGUUUCAGCUGCGCACGGAAACAAGCAAAAAUACCCUGGUUUCAACAGCAAUUACGCAUGAUAAUCAUAAUCACAAUAAUCUAAAAUAGAAGCCUUCUUGAAAUUACUUAUACUACGCAUUCUUAUUGUACAUAACCUGCACAACGCAAGCAUCCCUUCCUUUUACCUACCUGUAUAGACUACCCAAUCAUAUCUUGUAUUUACUAUUAUUGUUACAAAGCAAGAUCCGUUUACAAACCUAAUCUUGAAUCGGUUUCUGAAUAUGUUUCUUUUUAAGCGGAGCAAAGGCCAUGUUGAAUGGGGUG